AUGACCCACCCUGUUUCGCUAGUUGCAAAUAGCAGCGUCAAAGUUGCAUUUUACUCUACUGCACACGGAGGCGACCAUUUCACCUGCUGCCUGAGAAACUAUUUCGCUCACAAAAGAAUGAUCAUGUUCUCUGCUAAAGGAAACAAAAUCAAAACAUCUUCCCCUUCCCCUUCAUCGGCGGAGACAAUUGCCAAUAAUGAUGAUCUCUUAACCGAAAUCCUUCUCCGUCUGCCCAUCAAAUCUCUCCUUAAAUUCAAGUGCGUAUCUAAACACUGGCUGUCUCUCAUCUCGGAUCCUCUCUUCUAUCUUUGCCUUAACCCCUCCAACUCUCCUUGUGCUCUCAUGGUGCAUAAGUGGCCACGUUUGGACAACCCUGAAUUCGACUUCAUCAAGCUUGGUUCCAAUCAUUCAGUUCCUCCCUUCAAAACUCUGAAUUUUAUUAAUGACGCAUCAGUUAUCAAAAUCAUUCAGUCCUGUAAUGGAUUACUAUUGUGUAAUAGUUUUUCCAAAAAUUCACGGAAGCUAAACUAUUACGUUUACAAUCCCACUACUAAGCAAAGGAAAAUACUUCCUGCACUGAGUCAAGCUGGUAAAACUUACGGUCUUUAUUUAGCUUUUGAUCCUAGGAAGUCACCUUACUACAAAGUAAUUUGUGUACGUCAAUGCGACAUUUCACAAUCAGCAUACAGAAUACAGAUUUACUCGCCGGAAACUGGCUGCUGGAGGGUCUCAUCAACUGCGACUUUUAUUCUACCCUUGGGUAUUGGAUUCCAUGGAGGGGUUUUUUGGAAUGAUUCUAUUCACUGGUAUACUGAUGCAGGUCCUUCUAUACGUUUUGAUAUAAAUCAAGAAAAAGUCAAAAAAAUGCCAAUGCCUUCAAUGCCAGAUGGUUGUUAUCGGAGAAGGGUAGCAUAUUUUGGCGAAUCUAGAGGCCAUUUGUGCCUGGUUGAGAUUCAUAGUCGAUCCUCCACGCAAUUCAAUGUGUGUGAGAUGGAGAGAGACCACUCAGGAUGGUCAGUCAAGUACCGUGUUAAUCUUGAUGGAGUUGUAAGUGCAUUUCCUGGGAUGAUAAAAUCCUAUCUUAAUCCUUCGAUGUUGAAUUAUUAUGUUUAUCAAAUAAUGGGUAUUGAAAGGGAAGAAACCAACGAGGGCGACUAUUUGGUGUUGCAUAUACCUGCACAAAUCGUAAGGUAUAACUUGAAGGAUGGAAGUUUUAGAAAGCUUUGUGAUUUUGCUCCAAAUUAUAAGCGUGAGGAUGCCUCCAAUUUUGGAUAUUGUAAUGCCUAUGAGUACAUUCAGAGUCUUGCUUGUGUCUGA